GCAUCAGCACGUAGGAAGGAGGCCCUGGAGGACUCACGCCUGCACCUGUCACCGGAUCGACCACAGCCGUCCGCGCUGAGUGGAGAAGAUGCCGCAGAAGAGGAGUCCAGCCAGCCGCAGGACUGGGGAAGGACAUCCAACCUUCAGUGGACCGGGGCCCUGCAGCAAAGGAGAAGACUGACCAGCGACGGGAGCACCAACAGAAGACCCCGGCUGGCUUAAAGAAGACGGCGCGGAACAGCGGGGAGGACAGCGCAGAUUGGGAUCCUGCAGCAGGAGAGAAUAUCCCCCUUCGAAGCACAGCGGACCACACUGAAAAGGGUGCAUCCCCGGUGCGGGUGCUCUGCAUCCCGGAUUGCGCCGAAGACGUGGAGUGUCGGAGGUGGCAGAAGCGCCGCAGCUUUGGUGAUGCUGUCUGGAUCACAGUGAAGAGACUUGAGGCAAUAGAGUGCAGCGCGCUGCACGCAGACAGCGCAGAUAGAAUCCAGGCUUGGAACGCUGGGCCAGUCUCAGGAGGCAUUUGGAAGAGGCAAUUUCUCCGUACAGCAGUGACUACAGGCACUCAGAAGCGUUACGUCAGUACAGACAAAGGAAGGGCUGUUGCAGCAAUCGCGACUAGCACAUUGUUCUGCUUUAUCGGUCAACGGAUAAUAAAUGACAUGAUACGAAGCGAUGGCGUCUGCUGAUCUGAGACAGGAGCUGGACUGUUCCAUCUGUCUGAGCAUUUAUACAGAUCCUGUAACCCUGAGAUGUGGCCACAACUUCUGCCGGGUCUGUAUUGAUCGUGUGCUGGAUACACAGGAGGGGGCUGGAGCUUAUACCUGUCCUGACUGCAGAGCAGAGUGUCAGGAGCGUCCUGUACUGCAGAGGAACAUAACGCUGUGUAACAUAGUGGGGAGGUUCCUGUCUACUCGGCCAGAUCAGGAGGAGACUGGGAUCUUCUGCACUUACUGUGUGGACUCUCCUGUACCUGCUGCUAAAUCCUGUCUGCUGUGUGAGGCUUCUCUGUGUGAUAAACACCUGAGAGUACACAGCAAGUCAGCAGAACACGUCUUAUGUGAUCCCACCACUGCCCUGGGGAACAGGAAAUGCUCCGUCCAUAAGAAGAUCCUGGAGUAUUACUGCACUGAGGAUGCUGCCUGUAUCUGUGUGUACUGUUCAGCUGGAGAACAUCGGGGACACAAUGUGGUGAUCCUGGGUGAGGUCUGUGAGAAGAAAAAGGAGAAGCUGAGAGAUGCUCUGCAGAAACUGACCAUAAAGAGAGAGGAGACUGAGAAAAGAGUCCAGAGUCUGCAGGAGCGCAGGAAAGAAGAGGAAGGAAAAGCGGCAGGUGUAACAGAGACAGUCACUGCCCUGUUCAGAGACAUCAGGAGACAGCUGGACGACCUGGAGAAGAGAGUCCUGAGUGAGAUCUCCAGGCAGGAACAGCGCGUUUCACUCUCAGUCUCUGAUCUGAUCCGGCAGCUGGAAAUAAAGAAGGACGAGCUGUCCGGGAAGAUGCGUCACAUUGAGGAUCUGUGUAACAUGUCUGACCCAGUAACUGUCUUACAGGAACCAGACACAGGGGACUUGUGUGAUACUGAGGACACAGAGAGACAUGAUACCCAGGUCCAUGGUGCAGGAGAUAUGGAUGUGGGUCUCAUCUCAGGGACAUUACACACAUUAUCUGAUAUAAUAACAGGUAUAAAUACAGGGAUCUAUGUGCAGGAAGCUACAGACCUAUUACUGGAUGUAACCACAGCUGGUGAAGGUAUACAAAUAUCUGAUAACAGAAAAACUGCAUACAAGUCAAUAAUCCAGAGAUAUCCAGAAACACCAGAGAGAGUUCCAUACUUUCAUGUAAUAAGCACCAGAAGAUUCUCCUCUGGGCGACAUUACUGGGAGGUGGAUGUCCGUAAGUCACAGUACUGGAGGGUGGGGAUGUGUUAUCCCAGUAUAGGUAGGGGAGAAAAUCAGUCACAAAUUGGGGAGAAUGACAAGUCCUGGUGUUUGUGUAGACGUAAGAAUCAGUACUCAGUGAUACAUGACCGUAGGUGGAUCCGGGUAGCUGACGAUAUCCGCUGUGACAGAGUGAGGGUAUAUCUGGAUUAUGAGGCAGGACAGCUGUCCUUUUAUUUUCUGCGUGACCCCAUCAGACACUUACACACCUACACUGCCGCCCUCACUGAGCCCCUCCAUGCUGCAUUAGGUGUAUGGGACGGGUGUAUAACUAUAUCUGGUGUAAAACUAUAAGGGAACAAGGUGCUGUUUCCUGGGGUAAAUGGCAGCAAGCAGCAGCUGAGCAAUCAUACAAGUCCAGUUUGUGGUGCAACUGGCCACAACCAGUUUUAUUAAACAGAAAAUAAAACAAACAUCAAAAGAAAAUACCUUGCAUAUCCGGCACUAACUAAACACAAGAUGUUCCUAACUGUCUCUAAACAAAAACACAAAGUUUUCCAGUCAAUACUGUAUGGCUCACUUGUAUAAGGAAGCGUGUUUCUCUCACAGAGAUUCUCCAGUCUCCUCAGGCAGUCUGCAUACACUAAUCAGGCUAGCAGCCCUAUAAGGCUCUUGCACAGCUGAAAGCCCUGAUUAGCCCUCUGUGAGGCCAAAGAUCCGUACUGGGCCCAAUGUCCGGAACUUGCCCUCUCUCUCUCUCUCUCUCUCAGGGCCCUUAUCCAGCUUUUCCAGCAAACUGAAAAGGUUCUAACAAAACAAAAACAUUUUCCUAGAAGUUUACAUUUUCUAAAACAUGUAAGGCAAGAACCUGGGACAAACACACCUGCCCUCAAACACUAUUCCAGUGUUCUUGUCACACUGGGCCUGGAGGAGCUGGGAGAAAUGAGCAUAAGAAAUUUGCCCAGAUAGACUGGUGACAUCACAGGGAGAGGAAUAUAAUGAUGCUGUAGGUGGAGCUACAACAGAGCCCCUCCCCCUGCGUAACCAGGCAACCAGUAUGUAUGGAUGUGUUGUUCCCAUGUUGGUGUAUUAAAUACUGUUAUAAAUAUC